UAUGUUGUUCAAGAUAAUCUCAACUUGUCCAUUUACUUGCCAACAUGGUCAGCCAUAAGCAGAGUUUUAGUUCUAAGUUCAUUUUUCUGGCUGCUAGUUUUGUACUUGUUAUGUUCAUAAAGAACGCAAACUCUGCUCCGUUUGAUGAAGCUGGGAAUGAGGGAGAGAUGGAAGAUGGAGCAGCGUGGACGAUGGUGCAGAAGAGCGGGAACCAAUUUGUGUUGAAUGGCCAACCUUUCUAUGUGAAUGGAUUCAACACUUAUUGGUUGAUGGUGUUUGCUGCUGAUCAGUCCACAAGGGGAAAAGUUACUGAGGUGUUCCAGCAGGCAUCUGCUGUCGGUCUAUCAGUAUGCCGAACUUGGGCUUUCAAUGAUGGCCAAUGGCGUGCUCUUCAGAAAACUCCUGCUGUUUAUGACGAAGACGUUUUCAAGGCUCUGGAUUUUGUGGUGAGUGAAGCCAAGAAAUUCAAGAUUAGGCUGAUACUGUCACUAGUCAACAACUGGGAAGCAUACGGUGGAAAAUCGCAGUAUGUAAAAUGGGGUAAAGCUGCUGGCCUGAAUUUGACUUCUGAUGAUGACUUCUUCUCUCAUCCCACACUCAAAAGCUACUACAAGGCUCAUGUGAAGGCUGUGCUCAAUAGAGUUAAUACCUUUACCAACAUGACAUACAAGGAUGACCCCACUAUUUUCGGUUGGGAACUGAUGAAUGAGCCGCGGUGUGAAUCAGAUCCUUCUGGGGAUAAACUGCAUGCUUGGAUAGAAGAAAUGGCAGUUUAUGUGAAGACAAUAGAUCCGAAGCAUUUGGUGCAGAUCGGACUGGAAGGUUUCUAUGGUCCCUCGACUCCUAAUAAAGCUCAGAUCAACCCAAACUCUUAUGCUCAACAAGUCGGAACUGACUUCAUUAGAAACCAUCAGGUUCUUGGAGUUGAUUUCGCCUCAGCUCACAUGUAUCCCGACUCUUGGAUUUCACAAGAGAUUUCUGAUGCUCAUAUUGGAUUCACCAAGACAUGGAUGCAAGCACACAUUGAAGACGCGGAGAACUAUCUCAACAUGCCAGUGGUAUUCUCAGAGUUCGGUGUUUCUGCAAAAGACCCUGGCUACAAUUCAACUUUCAGAGACUCACUAAUCAGUACAGUUUACACAAUACUCUUGAAUUCUACUAAGAAAGGAGGGGCUGGAGGUGGAAGUCUUUUGUGGCAAGUGUUUCCAGAAGGAACAGAUUACAUGGAUGAUGGUUAUGCAAUAGUACUUUCAAAGGCACUUUCAACCUCGAACAUCGUAUCUCUUCAUUCUAAGAGGCUAAAUACCUACAAUUCCCUCUGCUCCUGGAAAUGCCACUGGGGUUGCAAGAAGAAACAUGCCCUUGACAACUUCCAGUUACAUGAAGAGCUUUAACAU